AUGCAUUUGUAUGGUUUAUUCGUGUUGUACAAGGAGCCCAGUACUGGCAAGCCCACCGUGCUGAAAAGUGCUACUGACUUGAGCAGUUUUUCAUUCUUGUACAGGAAACAUGUUGGGGUGAGUUUACAACAAUUAGUCAAGGGCUUUACUUUGUAAUUGUGAUAGAACUUUUAAUAUAUUAGGUUGUUCGGUACGAACUUGCGUUUUUUUCGACAACUUUGAUGAAGGCUAGCCAAAAAACUAUACGAGCAAUAUUUUUGCAAAAUGACUAGCGUUAAUAACAAUCUUAUCCUAAUUACUGAGAACUUUUUCGACGUCAUCUGAAAAUAAUGUGGUUGACCUUGACGAUUUCAAAAAUCGACCCAUUUUUGGACAUCGUCGUAUGUUUUGAAAUUUUGUCCUCCGAAACCGUGUGACCAGGGCCGGGAGGGGACUUUAGGUCUAGGGGCGGGGGUCCAAAAAAUCGGCACAGGUAGAUGCUACCAUUUUUUGCGAAUUUUUUUUUUUCGGAAGUCCACGGGGGGCCACGUUCAACUUUUUUCAAAACUUUUUUCUCCCUCGCGCUCGGCCCUGCGUGUGACAUGGAUCCAAGUAAGUAUUAAUCAUAAGGGACAAUAUCUGGUGAGUACAGCAGGGAUGGUAGCACUUCCCAUUUCAGCUUUUUAAUGGCGCCAUCAAUCAGUUUUGUCACUUGGGGCCGAGUGAGGCAUGAAAAAUUAUAUCCCCGUAAUGCCGGAAUUUUUUACUAUGGCCGUUUGAGAUAAAUUCGUUAGUCCAAAUCAGUUGUUUGUUGUUUCUAACGAUCGGAAGUAACUUUUUCAUCAGCUUUUAACAAAAAAAAAUUCUUGGAUUUCUAGAAGGGGUUUAUUGCUUUUCAUGUAUAUAGCUAUCGAUAGCUUUCAAUUAGUUAAACCGCACUUGCAAAGUUCUAUUUAUAAUAGAAUCUUCCUCAUAACCCUAAGCAAAAGUAUGAUGUGCUCCAAUGAUCGUUUCUUCCAAUUGAACAUGAAUAAAAUAACUUCCCGCAAAUGCUCUUUCUUUGAAGGAAAGUGGGUGGUGGUGUUCACGACUUUGUAACUCAGUAAAAAUCAAAAAAUAUCGUAACGAGUAAUACAUCAAAAAAUAGCAUUUUUAAUGCUGGUUUUGAUAACUUAAAAAAGAAAUCGUGAAGAAAGUUUUUCCUGUUUUUUUAGCCGGCAAAGAAAAACGCAAGUUCAUACCGAACGACCUAAUACAUUUUGACUCCUGUAAAACGAAUUGCUUGUGGUUUGUUAUGAAAGAAUUUUAUUAUACCCGGUUUUAAAACUGAGUAGCAAUAGACGGGGCCUUAAAAGUUGUUCGUUAUAAAGGGGUUCUACUGUAACGUCAAUGUUUUUAAGGAAUUUAUGUCAUUCACCAGUCGGCUGCUAGCUGAAAGAACAGAAACUCCGAGCAGAAACUGUACAACGGAGAAGGAGUACAAACUAAUGUGUUUCGUCCGCCCAGACAGUCUAGCCGCUGUUUGUGUGACGGACCAAGAAUACGAAAACCGUGUUGGCUUUGUAUGUUUAAGCAAGGUGCUUGACGAGUUCUCUAACGCCGUGCCGGCCGCUAAGUGGCCUCAGAUUCAUAAGGAGGACGAAUGUAACUUUUCGAAACUUAACGAGUUGCUUACUAAAUGGCAGAAUCCAAGAGAAGCAGAUGCCCUAACUCGAGUACAGGUAUGUUUGAAGUACUUGUGUAUAAUUAUUGCUUUAGGACGAAGUGGAAGAGACCAAAGUCGUGCUCCAUAACACGAUGGCGUCCGUGUUGGAAAGGGGGGAGAAACUAGAUGAUCUCAUCCAGGCUUCCGAGAACUUAUCGGCCCAGAGCAAACAGUUCUACACGCAAGCACGAAAGAUGAACAAAUGUUGUAAUUAUGUUUGA